CGGGCGGCGGCGGCGGCGCCAUUUUGCGGACGGCGAGCAGCGGCGGCGGCGCGGAGAGGCGCAGCGGAGGUUUUGCUGGUUUCGGACCCCAGCGGCCGGAUGGUGAAAUCCUCCCUGCAGCGCAUCCUCAACAGCCACUGCUUCGCCAGAGAGAAGGAAGGGGAUAAACCCAGCGCCGCCGUCCACGCCAGCCGCACCAUGCCGCUCCUCAGCCUGCACAGCCGCGGCGGUCGCAGCAGCGAGAGUUCCAGGGUGUCCCCCAACUGCUGCAGUCACCCGGGUCCGGGGCCUCGGUGGCGUUCCGAUGCCCCUCACCCACCCCCGAAGAUCCCAGGUGGGCGAGGGAAUAGCCAGAGGGAUCGCAGUCCGCCAGCUAACUUAUUGUACUCGGACCACCGGCUGGACGUGACCGAGGAAGGGACGAGCAGCCCGACGCGGAUCCUGCACGUGCAGUCCCGGCUCACAGAGGCCAGGGCCGUCCACUGGCGGGCCGUGCUCAGCGGUAGCGGCCUCUACAUCGAGAUCCCGGGGGGCCCGCUGCCCGAGGGGAGCAAGGACAGCCUCGCGGUGCUGCUGGAGUUCGCGGAGGAGCAGCUGCGCGUGCAGCACGUCUUCAUCUGCUUCCCCAAGAGCCGCGACGACCGAGCCGCCCUGCUCCGGACCUUCAGCUUCUUGGGCUUCGAGAUCGUGAGACCGGGCCACCCCCUGGUCCCCAAGAGACCCGACGCGUGCUUCAUGGCCUACACGAUGGAGAGAGAGUCCUCGGGGGAGGAGGAGUAGGGGCGCACCCCCUCCCCGCCCCGCGCCCCGACCCUCGGCUCCGCCCCAGCCCCGACCCGGGUUUGCCCGCAUGUUGUGAUUGUGCAAAUAAAACGCUCCGGAUUAGCCGCUAGUUCCCGUGUAAUAGUGUGUGUGACACUCAAGUAUUUGCUUUGAUUCUGAAUAAAAGUUUCUAUUUUACUUUC